AUCUAAUGGGCUUCAGAUGCCCCACGGUUGUCCUCUCUUUAUCGAAACAAGUUGACUCGAUCACUAUCCCGAAAACACUCCUCUUUUGCUAGUGUCAAACCUGCUUUAAAGGGUAUUAUGGUCAAAUAAAGGUCGAGUUGCACUUUCUAUCUAUCUAUAUCUAUCUGUCGAUGCCCAUGGAUCCACCGGGAAGUUACUUCUGGUGAGUGGGGAGUCGAGGCUUGUGAUUGAGGGAAAGAUAAAGAGAAAGAUGAAGUUACUAGAAUUUCCUUGCUGCCGUCGUACUUGCCCUCCGGAGGAGGAGGAGAAGCUAACGCCGGCGGCGAAGAGGGCCUCGCUCGACAAGCGACGUCGGAGGGAGCGUCGCGGAUUAGCAUCGCUUUGGCGACCGUCGCUGAUGGCGAUAUCGGAGAACGUGACCUCGGCGGCGACGGCCAAAGGCGCUGGAGGAUGGAAGGGGAAGGGGAAGGCGAAGGCGAAGACGAAGGUGAAACCGGUGGCGUUUCGCGCCGCCGAUUGCGAAGAUCACCGGCUCCGUGAAGUUGUGCCAGCCUUCGCGCCGACGGCCUUCUUAUUCUAAACUGGGAUCGACAAAGAUCGAGGAGAUUUUUAACUGUGUGUAUGGACCGUGUGAUGUUAGUGUUGGCAUUUAUAAUGAUUAUUUUCUCAAACUACUGUUAAAAUUAUAAAUUUGUAUAUAUAUUUUAACAAAAUAAUUAUUCAAGUAACAGAGUUUGUUAGUAUUUUAACC